UUUAUUUUCAUUUCCAAUAUGGUGUUCUGUCCUCUUGAAACUUUUAUGGGAAGUGUUUCUAAAUAAUCGUUUCUGUUAUCUAAGCCUUUUUUAGCAUGUAAUAUCAAACCAUAGAACUUUAAAUUGAUGCAUCAAUUGUAUAUAUAAUAUGGCUGCAAUUCUUUCACAGUACAGUUCGACUGGUUUCUAUAAAGCACCCGUUUCCAAGGGAAUUCUUGGAUGCAUGUUUCUUACAUCUUGUGCCCUGAAUGUGCCUCUACUUGCUCACAUCAAGCAAUAUAUUGUAUACAGUAUACCUAGCAUAUUCGAAAAGUUUGAAAUUUGGCGAGUUUUAACUUCUAAAUUGACAUUUCUUGAAACAAAAGAUUUAGUUUGUGGAUGUUUAUUAAUAUACUACUUCCGUGUUUUUGAAAGAAGAUAUGGUUCUCACAAAUUUUCUUCUUAUUUAUUAGCAGCCUGUACUGUUGCCACUGUUCUUGAAUUGAUCACAGUAUUUUUCCUUAGAAGACUUGAAAUUCAAAUCACUUUUCUCCCAACUGGGCCGUAUGGCCUGAUUUUUCCACUAUUCGUUAAUUAUUUUAUGGACAUUCCAAGGGUAGCCCAGACGUAUAUUCUAGGUGUUCCGGUCACUGGAAAAACAUUAACGUACUUAUUAGGACUUCAGGUCAUGAGUACUAAUAAAGCAUCAAUGGUGUCUGGAAUUUGUUCCCUGACAGCAGGGAUAAUAUGCAGAUGGAACGUAUUUCAUGUUUUAGACAUAAUAAAAGUUCCAAAGGUUUUAGCUCGAAUGGCCAGCAUGUGUUUUGGAUGGAUAUUGGAUUCUUCUCCUCCCUCGGAGGGUUCCGUCCCAAUCGGUGCAACCAUAGAAAUACAAAGGCAACAGCAAAUUGAAAUAAUGGAGCAACAGCUCUUACUCUCCAGAGCAAGAGAAAAUAGGGACAGAGGCAAUUCUAAUCGCUUUUUCAAUCGACAACAAAUGGCACAAGGAUAUGCUGAAAGACUUGUUCCACCUCAUAAUGAUGGAGGUUUAUUUGGCAGUUUCCAGAACCAAAAUCUUUGGAACAAUGCCUUUAAUCCAACAACUUUGUUGAGGAGAACAAGACAGGCAGAUUCUGACAAUGCAACAGAGUCAAGUGAAAUGGCUAAUGGUGUAAGUCAGAACCAUUCUGCUCCUUCUAGUCCAUUGCAAGAGGAUCAGGUGAAAACUCUUGUCGAAAUGGGAUUUGAUCGUCAAAGUGUGAUUCGUGCCCUCCAGACAUGUAACAAUGACAUUAAUUUAGCAACUGUGAUUCUUCUAAAUGAAAGCUGAAAUAUUGAUCAAUAUAUUGUAAAUAUUCUGUGAUUUUAAGUUAUAGGUUCAUUAAAAACUUUUUUAAAGUGCUAUUAUUUUAAAAAGUGUUUGUUUUGGUGGAAAUAAAAUACAUUUAAGGUUAUUAUUUUCUAAAGAAAUUCUUAUUGAUCUUGUGCAAUUGAAAAUUUAUUUAUACUUUUGAAGCAUUUAAAGAAAGUGGAAGUAUUUUUAAAUGCAUCUGCAUUUCUAUGUGACCUUAUGCAGUACAAAUCUUCAUGUACAUAUGAUUAUUGAAAUGUGUUAAUGUAAAAGUUUUUUAUUAAAAUGUAGUGCAUACUUAACCUUUUGCCUGCAGUUUAUUAAUGCCAUAACUAGGAAAGAUGCUUAAGGGGAAUUAAAUGAAUAAAUAAAUAAAAAUUCCCCUUCUAUAUUAGCCUCAGCUUUUUAUUUUUUUAAGAUAAAAGGAAGAAAUUUUCUUAACAUAAAAAUGUAUCUUCUGUAAUCUGAAUUUAUAGCAACAAGUGGAAAAUAUAAUUUACCUAAUGGUAACUAACACUUCUGACUUGUAAUCUGCUAUAGUUUUAAUGAAAUUAUUACCAUCAACUAAAUCUGUUUGUAUACAUGAAUUUCCGUUUUUUACGUGUAUGUAUAGUCCACAUCACAAUGGUUGGCAUUCGUCUUUAGACGAAUCGACUUCAAAAAUGAGUUAAAACUACAGACGCCCUGUUUAUCAAAAUCAAGCAUUGGUGAAAAUUUUCUUUAGAAAAUUUGUUUCCAAUUUAUCAAGUGGUGAACAUAUAAAUAAUUGAUUUAUGUAGUUUUCCUAAUGCUGACAAAAAUGAGGCAGACUUUAAAAAAAAAAUUUCAAUCACAAAAGUAAUUGCUACUUAUUUCAUAUUUUUCAUGUAUAGUUAAGCGUAUUUAGGUAUCUAAACAAUCUUUUCUUAAUUAGAUACAAGUUGAAUUAUUUUUAGAUUUCUUAAUUAUAUUAUUUGAAAUAAAUAAUUUAAUUUGAAGGAAUUAAUCAUUAAAUGCAUUGUAAUUUUUUCGUUAUCUACAAAGUUUUAUUAUAUUCUACUUUAUGUGCAAAAGUAGAUUUUACUUCUAAGAAGAAAAGGCCUUAUUGGUGUAAACUUGAUUGAUGUUAAAAAUCUUUAUUGCAUUAUCUGAGCCUUAUGUCAGAAUUCGUAUGUGUGUUUUUCCCAUUACAAUUGAGUUCAGUUUUCUACUUUUUUUUCUGGGGUGGGGGUGGGGGGUGUGACCAAGUAUGUGACAAAUGUAGUACAGUGAUUCUAAAGAAGAAUAUUUGUGUGUUUAAACUUAUUCUGUUAAAACUUCUAUAUGAAUGUAGAAGUUGAUAAACAUUUAAUGAUCUUGAGGGAUUUUUUUUUUUUAAUGAUCUUAAAAGGAAAAGAAAAGAUAUCUUGUAAAUUAGUUCAACUUGGAAACAUUUCCCCCCCCCCCAACCCUGCUUUAACCAUCAACUCCAUCAGUUUCAGUUUUGAAUAUUAGGUUAAUAUAAUUCUGAAACAUUAAAAACAGUUAUAGCUGCCAUCGACAAAUCGAAUAAAUUUGAGCCCAAAAGCUCUAACAUUGAUGUGUUAUCAAAUUUAUUAGUUAAAAAAUAUAUAAAAAAUAGAGAAGUGCAUCAUGGUUUGAAUGAAUAGAGAUGGGAGACACUUUUUUUUAAGGCAAGACAUUGUUGUGGGUCAUUGAACACAUUAAUUACAAUCAUAGCUUUUUCUCUGCCAAAAUCAACUAAAAGAGUAAAAAUCAUGUUGAUACUAAUUAAAUUUACAAAUAUCAUUUUUGUGUGACAAGAAGAUAAAAAGGGUUUUGCCUACCUUCAUAACCUAAUUGUUAUUGUUAAACAAUGCAAAUUCUGUUUAGUAGCAUCUAUUCCUAGUUAAGGCAAAAUGAGAAAUAUCAUUUUUAUUGCAAUAUUUUUUACAAAUAAAUAUUUUCCUGUAUUAAAAUCAAUUUUAGUAGAAGAGAGGUGAGUGAUAUAGCUGUACAUGUUCUUAAUUGAAUUUUAUCAGGAUGAAUUUCGCAUUUUGCAUAGUGAAAGUUAUUCCGUGCUCAAAAGCUGUAUCAUCAUACUUUCCUAUAAUAAUAUUAUUGUCUUCAGAAAAAAAAAAAGUUUCUUCCUGUAUGAAAUUGUUCAUUUACGUAUAUUAAAGUUGAAUUUUUAAGUA